AUGCCCGGCGAGAAGAAGAACGUGGAAGCGUAUUCCGCACCCGCGGAAAGCUGGAGCCGUAUAACCUUCUGCGAGAGGUUCUUCAAUCAUUUGCAACCCCUGGGCGACGUCACCAAUAAUAUCAAGAAACAGCGACCAGAGGUCCAGGACCACCUAGACCAGUGGAACAAUAGGGCGAGGACCUUCUUUCACGAGAUCACUCAUUUGAAUUAUUUUAUGAACGCUCCUAAAAAAAGUCCCUUCAUUGAUGACGCUCGCAUCACUUACAAGUCCGGGAGUUCUCCCGCGGAAGAGGGCGCAUACGGUCCCUACAAUGUCAAAGUCCUACGAAAUUUCCGAGGAGAUGCCUAG